AUGCCGUGGGUUGUGCCUUCUGCGGAGAACCUACACUUCUCUGGCGUGAUCGAUCGCGAUUAUAUUGGAGAAGAAGUUGACACCGAGUGGAUUCGAUGUCAGACAAUGGGGUCGUCCAGAUCAAAGCCCGAUUUUGCCGCUGGCUUGAAGAUUUCCGCGUUUUCAGGAGAAGAGGACACAAAGCUGCAAAACUAUUGCACAGCGCAACGACCUUAUGUAUUCACCCCCGAUCUCGCGUUCCCGUUCUUGAUAUGUAAAGCAAAGACAGGCAGGAUCGGCCUCGAUAAUGCCGACACACAGAAUAUUCACAGCGCAAGUAUUGCUACCAGGGCAAUACUGAGUUUGUACACGUCCACGUUUGGCAUCGAUCACGAGACUACGAAGGAUCUUUUCGGGCGCAUACUCGUAUUCAAUGUAUUCCACAACAACCGGGUGGUGAACUUGUACGGUCACUAUGCAGUGCCGGAUGGCGCCGUGGGCAAGGAAUCGUUUACGUAUUUCCGACACGAUAUAGCUAUGUUCAGUCUGACCCUUUAUGGAGGAAAGGAGAGAUUCAGGCCUUAUAAUUUCGUGAGGAAAUUGUAUGAAGAGUUUGGCCCUCAACACCUUGCGCGAAUUCGUCAGGCGGUGCAGUCAAUGCCGAAACCUACGGCUCGCACUGGCCUCUCCUUUGCAGCAUCCGAUGUCACAUUGGGAGAGGGGGGCUCGCAGACGGAUUCUGAGAUCGCAUCCCAGGCAGACGAAGCAUUCAAAUUACCCAACGAACCUGCUAGUGUAUCACAAAAUCGAGAGCUGGCGAGCAUGAGAGUGCAACUAGACAGAUUGUUGCAGCAGAUGGACGAGCAGGGAGAGGAAAGCAGGAGGGGGGAAGAUGCUGUCAAGCAACAAAUGCAGCAACAGAAAGAGGAGAGCAAGAAGAGAGAGGAGGAGAGCAAGAAAAGAGAGGAGGAGAGCAAGAAGAGGGAGGAGGAGAGCAAGAAGAGAGAGGACGCCCUCGAGCGGAGACUUGACCAGAUGGUGAUUAUUGUCGCAGAACCAGCGAAAUGA